GCCGCCCCCUUCUACUUGGUCACGUUGAGCCGCUCCCGGGCCUGGCAUCGCGGCAGUCGCCCAGCGCCUGCAGCUUGCAGCCUCCCCACCAUGGAUCCCCGCAAAGUGAGCGAGCUUCGGGCCUUCGUGAAGAUGUGUAGGCAGGACCCGAGCGUCCUGCACACCGAGGAAAUGCGCUUCCUGAGGGAGUGGGUGGAGAGCAUGGGGGGUAAAGUACCACCUGCUACUCAUAAAGCUAAGUCAGAAGAAAAUACGAAGGAAGAAAAAAGAGACAAGACGACAGAGGAAAACGUAAAGACAGAGGAGCCAUCGAGUGAGGAGAGCGAUCUAGAAAUUGACAAUGAAGGUGUAAUUGAACCAGACACUGAUGCCCCUCAGGAAAUGGGAGAUGAAAAUGCAGAGAUAACUGAGGAGAUGAUGGAUGAAGCAAAUGAAAAGAAGGGGGCUGCCAUUGAAGCUCUAAAUGAUGGUGAGCUCCAGAAAGCCAUUGACUUGUUCACAGACGCCAUCAAGCUGAAUCCUCGCUUGGCUAUUCUGUAUGCCAAGAGAGCCAGUGUCUUUGUCAAAUUACAGAAGCCAAAUGCUGCCAUCCGAGACUGUGACAGAGCUAUUGAAAUAAACCCUGAUUCAGCUCAGCCAUACAAAUGGCGAGGGAAAGCACACAGACUCCUAGGUCACUGGGAAGAAGCAGCCCAUGAUCUUGCCCUUGCCUGUAAACUGGAUUAUGACGAAGAUGCCAGUGCAAUGCUGAAAGAAGUUCAACCGCGGGCUCAAAAAAUUGCUGAACAUCGGAGAAAGUAUGAGCGAAAACGUGAAGAGCGAGAGAUAAAAGAACGAAUAGAAAGGGUGAAGAAGGCUCGAGAAGAGCAUGAAAGAGCCCAAAGGGAAGAAGAAGCCAGAAGACAAUCUGGAUCUCAGUUUGGCUCUUUUCCAGGUGGUUUUCCUGGAGGAAUGCCUGGUAAUUUUCCUGGAGGAAUGCCUGGAAUGGGAGGGGCCAUGCCAGGAAUGGCGGGAAUGGCGGGAAUGGCUGGAAUGCCUGGACUCAAUGAAAUUCUCAGUGACCCAGAGGUUCUUGCAGCCAUGCAGGAUCCAGAAGUUAUGGUGGCUUUCCAGGAUGUGGCCCAGAACCCAGCAAAUAUGUCAAAAUAUCAGAGCAACCCAAAGGUUAUGAAUCUCAUCAGUAAAUUGUCAGCCAAGUUUGGAGGUCAAUCAUAAUGUCAAAGCCCUUGCUGAAUGAAGAACAGCUUAGCUCACUACUGGAUGUUGCAAUAAUACAAACCAGUGUACCUCUGACCUCACCAGGAGAGCUGGGGCACUUCGAAGAUAAUCCCUACCCUCUGCAUCAAAUUCAGCUGAGGCAUUUUACAGUGGUUUGCCAUUAGAGUGUUCAUUCAGAUAAUGUUUUCCUACUAGGAAUUACAAACUUAAAACAUUUUCAACCUUAAACAUAUUUUUUAAAAAUUUAGGUGAUGUCAAUUCCUACAUUUUUCUUUACUAAUCUUUUGGGUUUUUUCUUUGGAAUUAUUGGGCAAGGAAGAUGAAUGUGGAUGAUUUACAGCUUUCAUGAAUGAAAUAAAGAUUGUUAGUGGGAAGCAAAUAAAACACAUUUAAGUUGAUUGAGUUGGACAUAUGGUUACUGAAGCAUCUUGAUUUUUGUCUCUUUACUGUUUUAUUUCAAAAUGAUCUAUUUCAGUAAAUCUCUUGGGACCACCAGUAUUUGGACCUGACUUUGGUAGGACUGAAGUGUUGGGCAGAGCAGCAGCAGUCCUAGGUUUUGUUGGACCUGUGUAGGCUGCGUUUAAAUCUUUAAAACUGCUUUGGUGUUUAUUUCUUUUUUUUACAGUGUUAUAGGGGAGUCAGAUUACGUAGCUCUGCUGUGUCCAUUGUUUCAGAUCAAUGUUCCAUAGCAUCCCCACAUGAGGAAAAGUGCUUUCUGUUCUGUCAGAAAUUACCUUUCCUAUUAGAAAAUGCCCGUCUGCUUGUCAUCCUCUGAAUCUUCUUGAGCUAACAGUAGUCUUUUCAGUAACAUCACUUCUGUCAUUCACAGCAUAAUGGUGGAAGCAGGUUCAUUACUAGUUUAGUUUCAUAUAUAAUACAUACAGCAAUUGUAGGCUCGUUUCUCUAAUAGCUGGUAUUUUACUUGGCCAUGAGGUUGCUUGUUUAAUAAACUUUUGCCCUUGUGAACUCCUGUCCUAUCAAAAGUCAUUGGAAGGAAGGAUUCCCUCUGGUUUUAGGUAUGCGUAUGAAAUUGAGAAAUGAUUGAAAUAUUAGAAUUUAUGUGUAGUGUACGUCUUUGUACUUGGAAGCGUCUUAAGUUUAUAUUUGGUGAAAGAUUCAUUUGUCCCAUUUAGCUCUUAAAUAUUUCGAUGUAUUUAAUGCCUUGUUUUCUCUCCUGCUGCAAAGAUAAAGAAAAUGAUAAAUCCACAAAGGGCAUAUUUAAAGUAGCAUAUAUCUGAAAUCAUAUGUCGAUGCAGGUUGUAACUGUGUCAUACAGCAGGCACAGGUGCAUCUUGUUACAUGUAAGAAAAAGCUGUAUUUGAACAGAGCAUGCGUUAUUAACAAAAAGUCCUUAACAAAUAUUCAUCACAUAUUCUUCAAUUGGAACUUUGCACGGUUCUUAGUACAAGUGUGUUCUCCUUUCAUACAGUUUCCAUGGUGUAUGUGUGCUUUACUAAAGAUCAAUUUCUUUUGUACUCUGACUACACAUGACCUAAUUAUAUUCUAAUAUGGAAAUAUUACCAUAAAUGGGUGAAAUUGCUCUUCUGAAAACUGUGUCCUGUGCUUUUAGACAUCUGAGUUCCACGGAUAGCAAAGAGUAUAGUCUUCAUUUUUUUUUUUUUAAUAAAGAAUCAGUAUAAUUUCUACACCAAAAA